UUCAGAUAGACAUAAAGCAGAGGCAUGCAUUAAUUUUACCAUUAAGAGACUAUAACUUGAGACAAAACACUUCUCACUUUCAAACAAGUUGUGGAAUCCAACCAUUCAACCAUCAGAAUCAGAAUCAGAAAGAGCUUUAUUGCCAGGAACAGGAAAGCCAUGAAUUCUGAAAUCUCAAAAUCUACUCAAAGUCUUAGCUCUGCUGAGGACAUGAGGAACCAAACCAAACUUAUAAUGCAGCCCUAUGCCAACUGGGAAGAGUAUCUGACUCCAGCACCUCUAUCCAUAGCCAUCCUGGGAGAGCUGGUUUUCAUCUCGUCCUCAACAGAUUUCUCUAUCAAUAAAAAUCCCCCUAAAAAUGGCUAUAAAUUCAUCAAAUACCCUGAUUCCUUUCGUGCUUGCCUCAUGCAAGUGUGUAACUCUGGUUGGUGGGCAUUUAAUGAGGCCCAUAAGAGCAUGGAUCAGAUUCGCCUCCAUACUGCCCAAGUUCCACAAUACAUGAAGGCAGCUGUGAAGAUUCUGUUCCAAGGUGAUGAUGAAGUUGUCAAAGCACAUCUUCCUGAUCAGCUGGACAAUAUCAGAGUCAUUGCAGAUGAAUGUCUUGAGUUGUCUAGUGCAGCUGAAAAGCGUUUCACUGAUGUCAUCAAUAUCAUCCAGGAGCUGCUAGAAGCUUGUGUGAAUGCAGAACACUUCUAUGGGGAGGAGAUGGCAGCAAUCAAGAAAAAAAUAGAAGAGAGCAAACUGAGGGAGCAGUCAGCUCUAGAAGCCAAGAAAAGGACUGAGAAGGCAGUGAGUGCCAUGGAGAAGCAACUGGGUGAGGCUCAUGAGAGCUACAAGAAAGCUCUGGAUUCUCUCCCUGGUGGAUGGGAAAUGAUUGGCAUGGAUUUUGUGGGCGGAAUAGCUCAGAGCUGUAAAGAUCUGGUUACUGGACUGACAACUGCUGUUACUCAGCCAAUGAAAAUGUUGAGUUCUCCAACAAGUACUAUAGCUAAUGCUGUGAGCCACAUUAAAGGUCAGGAAAGCCAAAGAGAUAUGGUAGAUGAUAUAAACAUAUAUAGUAAGUCGGCUGAAAUUUUAAAUUGUGCACAGAAUAUCCAGCAACUAAUGAAUGUGAAUAGUGAGGUAGAUGGCAUUGCCUGGACAAAUCUGUAUGAUCAGAAGCACAAAAAUACAAAAACAGAUUUCAUAGCAAAACAGUUUGAAAGAAUUGAUAAAACUUUAAAGAAAAUCUCUGAUUGCCCAGCAAAAAUACAAGCUUUAAAAUUAUGCAAUAAGGGCAUGGAAAUAUGCAAUCAGCUGGCAAAAUAUGCACCAGAUGGCAAAUGUGACCAAGAAAAAAGCAUAAUACAGGAGGUCCUGGAUCUAAACAAAUUAGCUCAUAUUUUUGACAGCAAAAGCAAAGACAUCACAAAUUCUCCAGCCAUUUCUCCAAAACUACCAAUGAUGCAAAAAGAAGAAAAAAAGUCAGAGAACACAAGUCCUUCACAGAGGGCCACGGAGAAUGCACGAUUUGCCAUAGAGCAGACCCGAGCUCAGAUGAACAAGACAAGAGAGACCUAUGAGAAGUGUAUGGAGAACCUAGAGAAGAACCAGAAGGAACUAACUGAUAUCCUGGUCACUAUGAGAAACUGUGAACUGAAAGAGAUUGACUUCAAAACUACCAUAGAGAUGCUGGUCAAAGGAAUGGAUGCCAUGGGGAGAGUAAAGGAGCAGUGGGAGAAGAUGGUUCACUUCUUUCAGAUGGUUUCCAACAUUAUAAAAACCAGCCUGAGCAAAACUCUCACAAACUUUGUCUCAACAUCCGAGAAAACACAAAAGCUCUCCUACAAUGCAAAGCUCUUCUCAAAAGAUCUGCUGUACACUCAAGCCUUCCAAGCCUGUAACAUUGCUAGUCUGGUCCAUAUGAUCUCUGGAACAUACACAGAUGUUUCCAACAAGUACCUGAUGGACCGUGUCAGUUCACUGGGCAAACUGAUGGCCAUGGAUAAGAGUAAGCCAGAAUUCGAGCAUGAGCGACAAGCGCUCCAAAAUUCAUGUGAUGAGGCACAAAAAGGCAUCUUAAGGCUUGUCCUGAAAAAUAAAGAGGAGUUUGACAGGAAGAGCACUGCAAGACUAGAAAGGAUUGAUCGAGAGUUGCUUGCCAUUCUGCCCCCUGCUCCUCUAGAAGAAAUCAAGAGUAUUCAAGAGGCUGUUCAAGCUGGAUUUAGUGAGGAAGAGGAGGCAUCAUUCUGCUGAAAGAAUGUACUAAAGAAUUGUUUUUUUUCUAGUUUUACAUUGGUAAACACCAGAUGAUAAUAUAUUUCAGAUUUAAGCUUUGCUUUUCUUUAACAUGUUGCAAUGAUAGGUCAUUUUUGACAAUCACGCUCUUACUCCUGUUGAGAAACAUUUUAAAAUGUUUAUUUUUUGACGUUGUUUCUUCAGUCGGGAUUGUCAGAGUGUUUUUAAAUCAUCAUGAAUUCAGAUGAAACAUUUAACGUGUAAUAUUAAAAAAUCUCACCUUAAUUUGA